CUGGCGUGUUCGUGUUUCAGUGGGUCUCAGUUAAACUAGACGUACUUGACUACUUGUGCGGUUGCGCCUAAUCUUCGAGACUCAAAUUGAGAACUGAGACAGAGAGAAGAGUAAAGAGAAGGAAAAACGAUGCUGAAGGUUUAUGCCGAUCGGAUGUCCCAGCCUUCUCGUGCGGUUAUAAUCUUCUGCAAGGUAAACGGAAUCGAAUUUGAGGAGAUCAAAGUAGACCUAUCGAAACGUCAGCAUAUCUCUCCUGAAUUUAAAGAAAUCAAUCCUAUGAGACAAGUUCCAGCCAUAAUUGAUGGGAGAUUUAAGCUAUUUGAGAGUCAUGCAAUUCUGAGUUACCUUGCUUGUGCAUUCCCAGGAGUUGCAGAUCAUUGGUACCCAACUGAUCUUUUUAGGAGAGCUAAGAUCAAUUCAGUCUUGGAUUGGCAUCAUUCCAAUUUGCGUCGUGGUGCAGCUCCCUUUGUUCUAAAUACUGUGCUUGGACCUGCACUUGGUCUUAAAUCGAAUCCAAAAGUGACUGCUGAAGCUGAGAAAAUUUUGACUUCAUCUCUAUCAAAGAUUGAGUCUAUAUGGCUCAAAGGAAAUGGGAAGUUUUUAUUAGGAAGCUCUCAACCUUCAAUAGCAGAUCUGAGCCUUGUCUGUGAAAUUAUGCAGCUGGAGCUCUUGGAUGAGAAGGAUCUCGAUCGAAUAUUGUACCCACACAAGAAGAUUGUGCAGUGGAUCGAGGAUACCAGAAAUGCAACCAGACCUCAUUUUGACGAAGUACACAAGAUCCUGUUUAGAGCCAAAGCAAAAUUGCACAAGCUGCAGCAGCCAACUGGAGGAAACUACGACACUAUGUCAAGCAUUAAAGCCAUGCUGCCGUCUAAACUGUGAAAAUAGAAAUGUUCUAGUAUAUAGGUUAUUUGGAAUUCUGGUGUAUCAAAAUAAUAAAUUUUAGACGAACAGUUUUAAUGGAAUAGCUGAUGCUUUAUCUAAAGCAGGAGUCAAUAGGCAGGAGUUGUUUUGGGCCUGUUUUUGAGGCAUUUUUAUCAAAGGGUCCCCCAUCCGGCCCUUGGACGGUGGCAGUUGUAAUCUUUAUCCAUUAUUUUUAAUGAAAGUUACCGUUUCUCAUAAAAAAAAAAAAAAAUUAGA